UCGUUGGUUUACAGCAGGUGUUUACCAGGUGCUUAUCACAGGAACUGUCAAAAUGUUCGGCUGUUGUUGGUGUUGUGCUGCGUUACGUCCAAGAUACAAGAGACUCGUUGAUAAUAUUUUUCCAGUUAAUCCUCAGGAUGGCUUGAUUAAGAAUAAUAUGGAGAAACUAACAUUUUAUUCGUUGAGCAGUCCUGAAAAAUUAGAUAGGAUUGGAGAAUAUCUGUUUCAACGAGCUUCCAGAGAUAUUUACAGGAGACGAAAUGGCUUUGUUGUGAUUGCCAUGGAGGCAAUGGACCAGCUCUUAGUAGCUUGUCACGCGCAAACUCUGAAUUUGUUUGUCGAGAGCUUCUUGAAAAUGGUACAAAAAUUAUUGGAAUCCACGGAUCCUCAAUUACAAAUCCUUGCAACGCAGUCUUUUGUCAGAUUUGCUAAUAUCGAAGAAGAUACUCCCUCGUAUCACACUCGUUACGACUUCUUUGUGUCAAAAUAUUCGGCAAUGUGUCAUUCUAAUAAUGAUGAUCCUAUUACACGCAAGCAAAUUAGGCUUGCUGGAAUUCAAGGCUUACAGGGCGUUGUGAGAAAAACUCUUUCUGAUGAUUUAGUCGAGAACAUCUGGGAACCUGUACAUAUGGACAAGAUUGUACCAUCAUUACUAUACAACAUGCAAAAUUCAAGAUAUGCUGAUAAGGAAGACACAACACCGGAUAGCCCAACUGAAGAACGAUCGGAUCCACCGCAGUUUGCAGAAACUUGUAUGCGAGAACUGAUUGGACGAGCAUCAUUUGGUCAUAUUAGAUGUGUUAUAAGACCUGUAUUGAGAUCAUAUAAAACAAUUAAAGAAAACAAUACAAAAAGUAGCACAGGACGUGAACGAGUAUCUUGGGAAUAUUAUGAAAUAUUUAAUGAUAUUUUUGCUAAUGAUCGUACAAUUAAUCAUGGACCAACAUUAGAAUCAACUUUAACAAGUUGUGUAUCAAGUCCAGGAAUAUCUAACUUAUCGUGCCAACCAGAAACAAUAGAAAAUGAUCAAAAUCUAGAAAAUGUUUCUACAUUAAACAAUCUAGAAAAUACUUCUAUAUUAAACACAAAUCUUGUUGCAAAUGUAUUAACUUCAUCUUCUCCAUCGAUACUGAAUGAGGAAAAUGUUCAAUGUAUAGCUGGUACAUCUGUAAGGCCAUUAUCUUCAUGUUCAACAUCAACAAUAUCUGGUCAUAACAGUCGUUUAUUGUCGGAAAAAAGAUCAAAGAAAUUAUUAUAUAAUCUAAGAAAAAAGCAAUUAGAAAUUGAAGAAAAAAGAGUAGAAGCAAUACUCAGAAUGAAGGAUUCUUUAGACGAAAGCAAUGCAAUUCAACGAGAACGAAACGACUUGAUAAGGCAAUUGUUUGCUUCAGAAUCUUGCCAAAAAUAA